AUGACAAAAGCUGCAAAUCUGGCCCAUGAUGUCAUUCGUUUCCCACAAUGCCUCAGCAGCAAAACAACGCACGCGUCGUGCGCGUUUCUCAAGCGUCUCUCAAAGAUGGCGGGCGUCCCCGAUCCACUGGAAGAUAUGCUCUACUCCGAAGUGGACGAAAAAGCCGUCAGUGACCUCGUAGGCUCGUUGGAAUCGCAGUUGGGUGGACAAAACAAGGCGGUCGGGCCUCAAGGCGACACCAGGAGACCCUCAAACACGCUAAAUCCACACUUGGGGAAAUUGCUGCCCGCCCAAGUAGGAACAACACUGGAGCAGCAGCGGCAGCCAGAGCGAAACCAGGAGGGAAACUCUCAAGAAAACGGCCCGGACAGGAUACCGGCGUCCGGUGCUGUCCCGUCCACCGCGAACCUGCCUAGCACCUCUGCAAAUUCGGUUACAGCCGCGAACCGGGUGCAAUAUCAUUCAUCAAAUCCAUCAACUUGUUCAAGUGACGCAGCACCAACAGACUCUCAGCCCAAAACAAAUCACAUUGCGUCUGGUGUCCGGUCGGUUCCCGCCAGAAUACAGACUGUGAACGGAAGCAGUGGCACGUUAAACUCUUCUGUUAUCGCGUCUGCUCCUGCUUCUGUAAACGGUAUUGACAUUGGUUCAGGUGUAGGUAAUGGUAAAAGCAACAUGUCUGCUCCUGCUAGUACAAAUACUGCUUUUGUGUGCGCUCAGCCCAACAGCACACUGCCACAUGCGAAUGUGUCACUAGAUAGUCAAGCAAACCCCACCAUUGCACUGCACAGGCCUCCUAACACCAUCACUAGUGUGGUACACAACGGAGGUGACCCCAAAGUCUCAGGAUUGCCCGUGCAGGGCGCCGGUCUUGUGCCGUUCACAAACACAGAGCCCAAAUCUGACCCUCAAAACCAGAUUAAAGCCAUCGUCCCGAACCAGCUCCCCGGGACCCCCGUAGAGUUGCACCCCAGCACGCCCGCUCAGAUUAUAGUGUCGUCCAGCCCGGUGGUGACCUCACUUCCUGUGGCAAGCACGCCCUCUGCCCUUGCAAAGCCAGCAACGACUGCUCUCGUAGGACAGCCUACGACCCUGUUGAGACCUGGUGCGCCCGUUCAGGGGACGGCAACCACGACGCCCCCGCAGCGUCCAGGGGCUCCUAUGACCCAGCUGAUCGUCAGACCGCAGCAACAAACUACCAUUCAGUUACCGCCGGGAUUCACCAUACCUCCAGGUAUGGUGCUGGUACGCACGGAGGCCGGUCAGCUGGCAUUGGUUCCUCAGCAGGUCCUGGCUCAGGCCAAAGCUCAGAACCAAAAUAAAGGCACCCUGUCACCGAGACCUGCUACACCCAUUGCUGGAACGGCUUUCAGAGUCACCACACCUGUUGCCCAGCAGAAGACCGCAGUGGUAACGAUUACCUCGGCUCAGAAGCCCACCACCACAGUCAUUACAGCAGGGGCCCGUGUGCAGCCUGCGCCACAGACAGUUCUCAAGCCCUCUGUGACCCCUCAGAGUCCCAUCACCACCUCUGCUGCUGCCCCAACUAACCGAGCCCCUGUCCUCUCUCAGGAAAUGCAAGAGAAUGUAAAGAAGUGCAAGAACUUCCUAGCAACACUCAUCAAACUGGCAUCCCAUAAUUCCCCCUCGCCGGAAACAUCUCGGAAUGUGAAGGCACUAGUGCAGGAUCUGCUGGAUGCAAAAAUCGAGCCUGAGGAGUUUACAAAUCGCCUGCAGACGGAGUUGAAAUCAUCUCCUCAACCGUACCUGAUCCCUUUUUUGAAGAAAAGUCUGCCUGCUCUGCGUCUGACUCUUCUGAACUCCCAGCAGUCUUUAACACAGCUGUCUCAGACCUCUACUACAUCCACCCCACUGACGGUGAACACCAUUAAAGCUCCAGCGCCGAGCACACGUGUGAACCUAAAUGAGGAGAACGCCCGUAUCUUGGCCACGGGUUCGGAGCUGGUGGGCACUCAGAUCCGUUCCUGUAAGGACGAGGCCUUCCUUCCUGCCAGCCUGCUCCACAAACGUCUCCUGGAGACUGCCAAGAAGUUCGGCGUGACGGAGGUGUCAAUGGAGACGGUCACUCUCAUUUCUUACGCCGCUCAGUCUAGGCUGCGCUCCAUGCUGGAGAAAGUCUCGACUGUUGCGCAACACCGCGUCGACUCCUGCAAAGAUGAGGAGCUGUACGAGCAGACAUCGGAUGUGCGGACCCAACUGAAGUUCUUUGAGCAGCUGGAGAAGAUUGAGAAGGAGAGGAAAGAUGACGAAGAACGGGAGCUGCUAAUGAAAGCCGCAAAAAGUCGCUCGAGGCAGGAGGAUCCCGAACAGGCUCGGCUUAAACAGAAAGCUAAAGAGAUGCAGCAGCAGGAACUCGCCCAGAUGAGACAGCGGGAUGCCAACCUCACAGCCCUUGCCGCCAUCGGACCCCGCAAGAAACGCAAGCUUGACUCUCCUGGGGCCUCGGCAGGUGCAGAGUUUCCUGUGGGCUCCUCCGGAUCAGCGACCGGUUCUACCUCAUCCUCCACAUCCUCAGUCCGGCAGACCCGGCAGCGCAUUACCCGGGUCAACCUCAGGGACUUGAUCUUCUGCUUGGAGCAAGAACGAACCACAGCCAGGUCCAUGCUGCUCUACAAGGCCCUUCUGAAGUAGCACUGAUCCAGUGAGAUGGAUGAGAUCAUCCACGCUAAUGGUACUCUACCUGCUUGACUCUCAGUAAUAUGUUCAAGUCUUCCUCUCCUUCUCUGCAUUCAUCUCCGGUCUGUGCCUUCAGACUCACCUGUGGCAUGUACUCUUUGUGUCAUAACGAGCACGUUGCUGUAAAUCUUCCAAACGUAGGCAUUCUGGAGAUGAGAAGGUUCUGGAAAAACCGGCGGCGGCUGUGGACACCAUGUGAUUUUUUUUUUUUUUUUCCCUUUUGAGUCACCCUUUUAUGGUUUUAUGUCCCCUUUGUUUUGGAUUAAUGAGCCAUCGUUUUGAGCAAUGUUGAUCUUUUUAUUCAUUAACUUGAACUCAGACUGGUUUUACGUUUCAGGAUAGAGAUUGAGAUUUGUUUUAUAUAAAUAGCGGCUGGACUUGUUUUUAACCGAAAGCCUCAUUUGCAAUAGAGACACUGGAAAUGUGAAUGCAAAGUUCCUGGUUUUAGAGGUCUAACGAGUCUGGAGUAUUUUUAGUAACUUAUAAGUAGCGCAUCUUUAAGUCUCUGAGGAUCCGUGUGGAUGUUUUGGGGUUCUUUUGUUACUGAUUUAUGCAAAGUGAAGAAACUCUGUGUUGUAAAACACUGACCGUCUUUCAUCCUAUUGGAUGGUCUUUUGAAAUUCAGUGACAGUUUUGUCUCGCACACUCAGUGUGGGGUUAUAGGUGUGUACGGUUUCACUAGUGUCUGCAUUAAGUAUACUGUGAAAUGGUGCCUUACGUGGCCCUCCUGGGGCACCAUUGUUUUUAAUCAAAUCCACGGCAUGGAAUUAUCUAAUAUGCUAAUACUAAUAUGCAUCGCUUCACCAACGAUUCUAGAGCAGGGUCUCUCGUAACUUAUUUGUGGAGAAAUGGCAGGUUGUUCAUAUUGUUCAUUUGACUAUUUUUUAAAAUACGUUCAAAAUGAGGUGGCUUUGACAGACUGCAGUAAUGAUUUUAAAAUACUAAUGUCGCUUUUUGGAUCAUGUACUUUUGUGUUUGAAAUCAAGUUCAUUAUAAAUUUGGUAUCUGUCAUUGGGCAUUAUUUUAUGUCAAGUACUGAAUAUUUGUAUAUUGCCCUUUAUGACAUGCAGUAGGAGAAGAAAUGACGUGUUCAACAUUGACAUUUUGGAGCUGUACAGAUGUAUGUUGGGAGACAGUCAGCGUUCAUGUCGUGUGCAAUGAUUCCUUUGAGAUCUGAGGCAAAAUCUUUUUCCAUCUCUCAGAUUGGUUUUAAUUCGUAUUGUUUGUGCUGGCGUUUAGACAAACAGUAUUGUUGAUCGAGGGAUUGUCUUUUGUC